AUGGCCAGCGCGCAGGACUCGACUGCGUCGUACGUCGCCUACGUCAUGCAGGGACUCUCAAGGAGCUACAACCUGCUGAAGCGGCUGUCCAUGGCACCGAGCAUGAGGUCAACGCUCAACGAGGACAACCUGACCUCCUCGUACAUCCUGCAGGACGAGGCGAUGCAGGAGGCAGAGCGAUCCCGGGAGCUCUUGGCGCAGGCGAACUUCCUCGCCCGGCGAAGCAAGGUGGCCGACCGGGGCAACGCGGACAGUCUAGCGGCGGUGGUAGCAGUGGCUGGAAGCCGGCCAAGGAGUGACUCCGACGAUGACGACGCCAAGGGAGGCCGCAGGAGGUCUGGCAACCGUCGUCCUCGUCGAGGAGGAAAACCAGCCGCGCAAGGAGAAGCAGUCGACGAGAUCGACCUCGGCAAAGGACGCCGACUCCUCUGCUGGCGGCAAGGCGCGGGACGACAAGACGGCGUCGUGCUCGCUGGUCGCCAUCGUGGAGCCGACCGUCUCGCUGGCGCCGGAGGACGGAGAGGACUUUCAGGCAGUGGCAGCAGCUGUGCAGGCAAACCCGGCGGUGGUCGUGCUCGAGAGCGGCUGCUCCCACCACCUGAUGGGAUGAAGGAAGUCUUCGUCGACUUGCAGCCGAGCGGCUCCAUCAAGCACGUGCGCGACUUCAAUGGGGCGCUGCAGGACGUCCAUGGCCGCGGCACUGUGUCACCCUGCAAGGGGAGGCCGGAAAGCAGGUGCUCAUCCCCGACGUGUGCGUACGUCCCGGGUGUGCGGGCAAACCAGCUGUCGUCCGGCCAGCUGAAGGAGCAUGGCGUGAAGCGGCAGGAGGACGGCGACGGGAUGCUGCUCGCCUGGGAAGCAGGAGAGGUGCUCAGCCGGGCGACAUACUCCAACGAGGUCGCCAUUGGGCUGGACCUCGAGUCGGCGACGGGCGGUGACUCACCGUGUGUCUCGUGCGUUGGUGGGAAGCUGGCGCGGCACACCUUCCCCGACCACGGCUCCGACGCCGACGACGUGCUUGCCGUCGUGCACAUCAACCCGUGCAGGCCGUUCCGCGUGGCUGCCAAGGACGGCAGCCUAUACUUCAUGCUGCUGAAGGACCGCAAGACCCGCUACGUCAGAACGGCAUGGCAGAGUGAGGAGAUGAGGACGGUGGUGGAGUCGGUGGGGACGAUGCUGCUGCACAUGGGCGUGCAGCACCACUUGUGGCACCUUGCUCUGCGGCAGGCCGUCUGGGUCCCUCCUUGUCCCGAGCAGCAGCGGCGUGGGAAGCUGAAGCCGAAGGCCAGGUGGGGCCUUCACCUUGGCGUGUCAGGGGAGAGCAAGGGCUGGGAGCUCCUCUACAUCGACGCCAACCGGGUGGUCACCACGUCGGAUGUGGUGUUCUACGAGGAUAUGUCGCUGGAGGUGUGGAAGUUGGAGCACAGGCCGGUGUCAGGUCGACGUGCGAUUGAAGUCAACGUCGAUAGGGGAGGAGCAGGUCAAGGAGCAGCAGCGACAGGGGAGGAGGCAGCAUUGAAGCCGACAUCGGAGCAGUCGGCAACCAGGCAGUUGGCCGGGAAGCGGAUCACAGGGGAGAGGUCGACCAGGAAGUCGACCGAGGAGCAGCAGGACGACGAGCGAGACGGUGACGACGGAGGACGAGUCCGGAGGCCGCCGGACUUCUUCGUCCCCGCAGCCUUCACCACGGUGUACGACAUGGAUGAUGACGACGAACUGCUGUACGACGACACCGAGGAGGAUGAGGAGUUUCCGGAGCUCAACCCUGACAUGCUGGCCGAUCUCGAGCACCGUUGGGACAUCUCGACGAUGACGGUGACGGUGAAGGAGGCUUUGGCGAGCUGGAAGGGCCCGGCGGCGAAGGCCGCCAUGGAGGAGGAGAUCCGCAGCCUCAUCAACAUGGGCACUUGGGAGCUGGUCGAACGCCCCCCGGGGGUGAACGUUGUGAAGAACCGCCGGACUACUUCAACGACGGAAACCGUCCGGGUCUGCAAGCUGCUGAAGAGCCUGUACGGGCUGAAGCAGUCGCGGCUGCUGUGGUACUUGGCGCUCAACGACAUGCUGGUCGACGCCGGGUGGAAGAAGAGCCAGGUCAGCGAGGCUCUCUACUUCAAGGUCGGCAAGGACGGAGUGGCCUGCUGGGUGCUGGUCUACGUCGACGACCUGCUCGCCGCCAACAGCACCACCGAGAUGCCGAAGGAGCUGAAGGAGCUGCUGGAGUCCGCCUUCGAGCAACGUGAGAUCUCGCCGGUGCAGAAGUACCUUGACCGGCGCACCCCGAAGACGCCAGUCUCGAUCGACGCCUACGCCGAGCUCACCUUUGACGAUGAGGAGGCACAGGAGCGACAGGAGGAGGAGUACCGGCAGAAGGUCGGCUCGCUGCAGUUCGCGGCAACGACGACGAGGCCGGACAUUGCCUUCGCCUGCAGCAAGCUGGGGAGCUGCCUCACGGUGAGGAGCGACCAGCACUGGCGCGAGGGUUGA